AUGAAGUGGCUUAAUUUCGGUGUGCUUAUAAUUCUUUGGCUGCCAAGUCUUUUGGCGACCUAUAAUCCAUAUAAACAAAGCUUAGUACUUCUAAAGCAAGAACCCAUUUCAGGUUCUUAUACGAAAAACGAAGAAGCCUAUGUUGAAGAACUUUGGAUUGACCAAAAAAUUGACCAUUUUGAUGAACCCAACAAUCAAACUUGGAAAAUGCGUUAUUUUCGCAAUGCCAAGUAUCACAAGCCUCAAGGACCCAUCUACAUUUUUGUGGGAGGUGAGUGGACCAUCAGUCCAGGAUUAAUGAGCACUGGUUUAACUCAUGAUAUGGCUGUGGAAAACUCUGGAAUGCUUUUCUACACCGAACAUCGCUAUUAUGGACUAAGUUUACCCUUUGGAAAAGAGAGUUUUCAAGCAGAUCACCUCAAGCAACUAAAUCUCCAUCAAUCAUUAGCUGACUUGGCUCACUUUAUACGCCACCAAAAGUCGGAAAACCCUGAAAUGCAAGACUCCAAAGUCAUUUUGGUGGGUGGUUCUUAUUCGGGCAGCUUGGUGGCCUGGAUGACUCAACUGUAUCCGAAUUUAAUAGCUGCCAGUUGGGCUUCUAGCGCUCCAUUAUUGGCCAAGGCAGAUUUUUAUGAAUAUAUGGAAGUGGUCACGCGGUCUAUUGAAUUAAGCUAUGGUGGAAAUUGUUCAAUGCGCAUUGAAAAGGGUUUAAAAUACUUGGUAAAAUUAUUUGAUGAUAAUCAGAUUCAGGAUGUACUUUAUAAAUUCAAUGGCUGCAAGGAUUACAAUCCAGAGGAUGCUUUAGAUAGGGCAGCUUUUUUUAAUGGUCUAGGCAACUAUUUUGCUUUGGUGGUGCAGAGUUAUAGUGCUUAUAUACCACGUCUUUGUGAAACUAUAAUGUCCUUGGACUCCAAUGAUGAGGUGGCAUUUUUAAAAUUCUUGGAACUACUUUAUUCAGAGGGCAGGCGCUCCAGUGAUUGCCAGGACUUUGGCUACUCGUCCAUGCUAGAACUUUUCAUCGAGGAUACAGAUCAAAGUACCGAAACUCGUGCAUGGUUCUACCAAACUUGCAAUGAAUUUGGCUGGUACACUACCACAAAAUCGAAGUUCACCUCGUCCGAAACCUUUGCCAAUCAGGUGCCCUUGUCCUACUUCGAAACACUUUGCCAGGAUGCGUUUGGCGCGGAGCAGACUGCUCAGAAACUGGCCGACGGCGUUGAGCAGACGAAUAGCAAAUUCGGCGGAUACGGGUUCAAUCAGAGUGAGCGUUAUGCUCAGGUAAUCUUCACGCAUGGCCAGCUGGAUCCGUGGGGUGUUUUGGGCCGGCAGACGGGCCAACAGGCUAUUGUCCUGACGGGCUACUCGCAUGUGGAGGAUUUGGCCAGCAUCCGUGUAACGGACAGCGUGCAGAUGAAUCUGACCAAGCUGCGUGUGAUGUCCUUUCUGCGAAGCCACCUAUGAAUCAUCCCGG